AUCAAAUCAAUUCAGAGAAAAGAGAAAGACCCAACCCAACCCACCUGAUAUUGAAUGAAUUCUCUCUCUUUGUCUUUAGACAUAUCUAAUAUAUACACAGGAGGGUUUUCAAUAGUUCCAUAAUAGUGCUAAUGCUGCAGGGACAAGGUCCAACAAUGGCGUCCGCAGUUCAAUUCAUCAGUGCUGUGAUGAGAUGAGAUGAGAUAUAUGAUCGAUCGUAUACACAUCUUCUUAAUCAUUCCACCACCACUAUUAUAGCAGUGUCAUAAUAGCUAGUUUGUGUGAUCCAUGUUUGAUGAAGCAUGGGCAGCUUCUUCCACUCCAAUUUCCUGCUACAAAGCAGCAGCAGCAGCAACCCUCACGACGUCAAUUCUCUCCCUCCCAUUCCCCCUCAAGAAUUCCACGAUACAGGAGCAGCUGCGGGAGUGAUGGCGGCGGCGGCGGCGGCGCUGGGGAAGAGAUCGUUGUUCCCGGCGGCGGAGAUUAUCUGCGAAGACGAGGAGGAGGUGUCGGACGACGGGUUUCAGGUCGGCGAGAAGAAGCGGCGGCUAAACCUCGAGCAAGUUAAGACACUGGAGAAGAACUUCGAGCUGGGGAACAAGCUGGAGCCGGAGCGGAAGAUGCAGCUGGCUCGGAGCCUGGGGCUGCAGCCGCGCCAGGUGGCGAUCUGGUUCCAGAACCGGCGGGCCCGCUGGAAGACCAAGCAGCUCGAGAAGGACUACGAGCUGCUCAAGCGCCAGUUCGACGCCGUCAAGGCUCACAACGACUCGCUCCUCGCCCAUAACCAGAAGCUCCACGCCGAGAUUGUGGCGAUGAAGAACGGGGAGCCGACGGAGUCGAUAAAUCUGAACAAAGAGACAGAAGGGUCGUCGAGCAACAGGAGCGAGAACACAUCGGAAAUAAUAAAGCUCGACAUUUCCAGCACCACAGCAGAUCCAUCUGCAAAACGGACCCAAAGUCAUCAUCAUAAUCUUUUUCCUUGUUCUUCUUCCAGGGGGGCAGCAGAGAAUUCGGACAACAAUAACCUCUGCAAUAUGUUCGUGGGGAUGGAGGAUCAGACAGGGUUUUGGCCAUGGCUGGAGCAGCACAACUUCAAUUGAUUGUAUAUCAGUAUAUCAUCAUCAUCAUCAUCAAGCAUUGCAUCAAUGAUAUAUGAUUGCAUGACGCGAUCAUUCGAGGGAGUGAGACUAUAUAUAUAUAUAUAUAUAUAUAUAUAUUUAUUAUUUGUUGUUUUGAUCGAUACCUUGUUCAAUUCAUUAGCCUGUUUUUUGUUGUACAAAUUAAUUAAAGCUGUCUGUCUGUAUGCAUUCUUAUUCAAAUUCUCCUAAAUUAUAUGCUUAAGUUUCUUGGAGGUAUGAUGCAAUAAAGUUAAUUAGUUAA